AUAUGGCGGGAAAAUGUCCUUACAGUCCUUACCACAUAUAAUAUCCCUAGCCCUCUGCCUCUUCUCUCUCUCUCUCUUCGAACCCCUCUCUUCUGCUUCAAUCUCACACCCACAUCGUCAUUCUCGUCUACGUCUGAGUGCCCUAAGACACCUGCCCCAACAAAUUGAUGGACAGUGCGUUUGAGGAUGAGGCUGAACACACCGUUUCAAUCCAAGAGUAUCUCAAGGAUGUUGAGGAUCAGGAACUGGAAGCUGAUUUGGUUUUGGGAGGCGAUGAAGGCAAGGAGUGUACCUACAAUAAUGGUUAUAUGAAGAGGCAAGCAAUUUUCUCAUGCUUGACUUGCACCCCGGACGGGAAUGCUGGGGUUUGCACAGCUUGCAGCUUGUCUUGCCAUGAUGGCCAUGAGAUUGUAGAACUAUGGACCAAGAGAAAUUUUAGAUGUGAUUGUGGAAAUUCAAAAUUUGGAGAAUUCUUCUGCAAGCUUUUUCCAAAUAAAGAUGUGGAAAAUGUUGAGAAUUCGUACAACCAUAAUUUCAAGGGUUCAUACUGCACCUGCGGUCGCCCCUAUCCUGAUCCCGAUGUUGAAGACCAAGUAGAGAUGAUACAGUGCUGUGUGUGUGAGGACUGGUUCCAUGAGGAACAUAUCGGCCUUGACUCUUCUGAUGAGAUUCCAAGAGACGAGGAAGGUGAACCUCUAUAUGAGGAUUUUAUAUGUAAGGGAUGCUCUGUAAUUUGCUCUUUUUUAAGGCUAUAUAGUCAAACCAUCUUGGCAGCAGGAAGCCAAAAAUAUUCUUCCGUUAAUACUGGCAAGGAUAAAGAAGUUUUGGGAGAUGUGACUUUAGCUUGUGGAUCUGGAAAGCUGGAGAAUGAUAUUUCUCAUAGUUCUAAUAACAUUUCUGAACCUGUGUCUGGUGAGGAGGGUUUGCUCGUUGGAGAAAAUUCUGGGAAAAAUAUAGGUUCUGAUCAAUGCACGACAGAUGCCAAUUCACAAGUUACUUGUGUUCUUGGAGUUAAUCUGGUGGAUGCUUCCCCUGUUUUAGAGUGUAAGCCAUUGUUUCUAUCAAAAAACUGGAGGGAUGCACUCUGCAGGUGUGAAAAGUGCAGUGAAUUUUAUGAACAGAAGCAUAUCAGGUUUUUGCUUGACAAGGAAGACACGAUUAUGGAGUAUGAGAAAAUGGCAAAGCAGAAGAGAGAAGAAAAAUUGCAGCAACAGGAGGGGGCUGAGUUGACUAUGCUCGAUAAACUUGGCCAUGUAGAGAAAAUAGAGAUUCUGAAUGGCAUUGCAGACAUGAAAGAUGAGCUUCGUUCUUUCCUGGAAUCAUUUGAUCCAUCAAAGGCAAUCACGUCUGAUGAUGUCCACCAGGUUUUUGAGAAUCUAGCAAAGAAGCGCAGGCGUGUAGAGUAAGUUAUUACUGCAUCUUUGCUGUGUUAACGUUAUUAACCUUCUAUGUUUGCUUUUGGAGUUACUUUCGGUUUCAGUAACAGUAUUAAAAGCCUUUGCACAUCUAGGCUGUUCUAAGUUUGAAUGUUCUACUAGUGUCAAUGUUACUACCUUGCAGACUUAUAUCUUAACCUUAUGACAAUAAUUUGAGGUUCUUAUGUUCAUUUGCUCGACAUGAAAUGUUUCUAUAAGCGACUAGAUCAUACAAUUCUGUAUUAUUAUGUUGCAAUCUAUGAGGACAAGGUACAUGUGUACGU